AUGGCGACCAAAGGUGAUGCAUCGCAAUUAAACCAGCCGUACACGGAGCCAGACCCAGAUGCGUACUCCUCUUACCAACGUGAAGUCUACGGGUCGUUGCGUGCCCCGUUGUUUUCGACCAAGCCUCAAGAAUGGGAAUCUCUAGCACGAGCAAAGGUGCCAGCGUCCAACUUUGGAUACGUCUACGGCUCUGCCAGCAGCGGCAAGACUCAUGCUGCGAAUCUAUCUGCCUUUGAUCGCUACCGUCUGCGACCGAGUAUGCUCGUCAAUGCCACGCAGCGGGAAGUUGGCAUUGAGCUUUUCGGCACACGGUACAAAAGCCCACUUCUUGUCGCGCCCGUGGGCGUACAAAAAAUCAUGCACAACGAUGGCGAAGAGGCCACGGCCAAAGCGUGUCAGAAGGUCGGCGUGCCCAUGAUCGUGUCCUCUGCUGCGACGAGAACACUUGAGCAGAUCGCCGCGGCCAACGGAGACGGUGACAGAUGGUAUCAGCUCUACUGGCCACGGCCGCAGUGGGAGGACGUCACCGUUAGUCUCCUCGACAGGGCCAAGGCGAAUGGAUACAAAGUCCUCGUCGUGACCUUGGACACGUUCAACCUUGCCUGGCGACCGAAUGACCUCGACGCGUCGUAUUUGCCAUUUAUCUGGGGCGACGGUUGCCAAAUCGGCCAUUCGGAUCCCGUCUUCAACCGACGCUACGAGGAACUUCAGCGGCAAGACACCCGCAGCUACGGCGAGAAGCUGGCCGAGUUGUGGACGAUGCUCAGACGCCCCGGCUCUGCGUACGGCGCUGCCCGCGUGCUGACGAACAUCCACGUCUUGCAAAAGUCGCGGGCCUGGCUGGACGUCUUGAACUCUGGAACGUAUCGGGAGUGGAAGCACCUCGAGAUUCUCAAGAAGCUCUGGGACGGGCCGAUCGUAUUGAAAGGCAUUCAGACUGUCGAAGACGCUCACAGGGCCAUCGAGUACGGCAUGGACGGCAUCAUUGUUUCCAAUCACGGCGGCCGACAGUGCGAUGGAGCCAUUGCGUCGCUCGACGUUCUGGCCGAAAUCGCUGCCGACGAAGUCGUGCAGCGGUCCAAGUUGACACUGUUGUUCGACAGUGGCGUUCGUACGGGUGCCGACGUGCUCAAGGCGCUCGCAUUGGGCGCCAAGGCGGUGUGCAUCGGACGCCCAUACAUGUAUGGCCUCGCUAUCGGCGGACAACAGGGUGUCGAGCAUGUCCUGAGGUGCUUACUGGCCGACACGGACAACAUGCUCGGCAAUAUGGGGAAGAAGAGUAUACAUGAUCUCAGCAGACACGACUUGCAGAUUCGACCGGAAUCGAAGUUGUAG